AUGGUUGAAGAGGGAGCACUGAAAAAUGAGGCAAUCGGGGAAAUCCUGGAGCUACCACCACCACCUCCAAACCAGGAGAAAGACAUGGCCAUAGAAAAUCAAGGAAAUUUAUCAGGAUUCCUUAUACAAGGGUUCUCUGAUACUCCCAGGUUCCAUCUUUCUCUUUUUGUGCUAUUCCUUGGAAUCUAUCUCAUCAUUCUGCUGGGAAAUCUCAUCAUAUUCUUAGUCAUUUCAUGCAAUCCUCACUUACACACCCCCAUGUACAUAUUCUUGCAGAACCUUUCACUCAUAGACAUUUCUUUCUCCUCAAAUAUUUUACCUAAUUUGCUACAUAUUCUUCUCAAACAGCAAAAUAACAUUUCAUUCUUGGGGUGUAUGACCCAAAUGUACCUUUUUAUGGCUCUGGCUUGCAGUGAAUACUUUCUCCUGACGGCCAUGGCAUAUGAUCGUUAUGUUGCCAUCUGUGAUCCCCUUCAUUACAUUGCCCGAAUGAGCAGGAAACACUGUGCUGGGCUUAUAACUGCAGCAUUCACUGUUGGGUUUGUCGACCCAAUUGGCCUUGUUGUACUUAUAUCUAAACUAUCAUAUUGUGCUUCCCAUCUUAUUAACCAUUUUUUCUGUGACAUUUCACCAUUGCUAAAACUUUCCUGCACCAAAAUCUUCAGUGUGGAACUUUUAAUUUAUAUUGGAGGGACAUUAUUUACAUUCAGUUCCUUCCUCCUUACUCUGACCUCAUACAUAUUUAUCAUCUCUGCUAUCCUGAAAAUACAAUCCUCAGAGGGGAGACAAAAAGCCUUUUCUACCUGUGCUUCUCACCUGGCCUGUGUGAUAACCCUUUAUGGGACAGUACUUUGCCUGUAUAUGAGACCCACCACAAGUUAUUCCCUGGAAAGAGACAAGUAUUUCUCACUGCUGUACAUUGUCCUGGGCCCUGUGCUAAAUCCUCUUAUUUACACACUGAAAAACAGAGAAUUUAAAAGUUGCCUUCAUAAAGUGAGACAAAGAUUUUCUAUUAAACCGUUUAGGUGA